AUGGAUUGUUUACAAAUGAAAAUUCUGCAUAAAGAUGAAUAUUGGCAAAAAAUGGCAACAAUUGCAAGUCUAUUCGUUGGAGAUGAUAUUGAAUAUUUAAAAUAUUUAAACUCAGAUAUUGCUGAUCUGGAGAAUGUUACAUCGUUUUUGGAGUUAAUUUCAAUUUUGGAAAAGCAUAAUGUUGUUGGGUUUAAUAAUUUAAGUAUACUUAAAAAACAACUUCAUUUAAUUAUGAGAAAUGAUCUUGUUGAACUUUUAGAUGAUGAGUUUUCAUUGAAAGAUACUGGCAUAAGCAUAAUUCCAUAUGGUUUCAUAUUUGAGUUUCAUUUACCUUAUGGCAAAAAAUGUGCUAAAGUGGAAUACACGUUCGAUCAAAAAUGGAAUUGUAUUGCUACAGAAAAAAAUGAAUAUAAAACUUAUUUUGUUGCUAGAAGAAAGAAUGCUAAAUUGUAUGUCAAAAUAGGAAAUUUAAUGACUGUCAAUGCCAAAAUUCAAUUCAAGUUCACAUUUCAACAGUCAAAUAAUAAUGCUUUUCAUGUAGUCUGUACUGUUAUUAUUACAGAUAUGUGUUGCUAUGAGUUCAAUUGUAAUCAGUUACUUGUAUCAUCGCCUGAAGUCAUUGUUUUCACUGAAAGCAUAAGAAAGUUAGAUUUUUUUGAUUGGCAUCUCUCACUUGGUAUCAACCAACCAGGGUUCUCUGAUGAAAACAUUGCAGUGGGUGCUGUAAACUACAUAGACAAAUAUUUUCCUAACAAUAAUGUGAUUCUUAAUUAUAAUAAGUUUGGUGAAAAAGACAACCUUAGCACUGUGUUUCACAGAUUUUUUGAAGUUUUACGCGAAGUUGAAUACAUUCGUGCUGUAUUAAUCAAUUAUCCUAUAAAUGAUUAUUCAUUUAAUUUUUCAAAUAGUUUUGAUGAAAAUUUGAAAAAUUUAACUAUUUCUGGAGAUGAAAAUAAGUUAUCAAUUUUUAUCUCAAAAUAUAGUCUUAUUAUUUUUGUGCGAAUUGCUUCUUCAUUAGAGCAGAUUAAACCUGAAUGUGCAAACUGUUUAAAUGACAUUAUGUUAUUUUACAAUAUAAACAAGUCUCUUCUUGAGAAUGAAGAGUUAAAUUUAUUAGGUAUUGUUGUUUUGCCUGUUAAGCGAAGUGAUUUAAAAGAAGAGAUGUUUUUCCAGUUCUCUGAGGAGUUUUAUUUAGACAAAGUUUUUUUUUUAUGUCAAGAUGAACUAAACAAUAGUAAAAAUUUUGAAAACUGGUGGAGGUUAACUAUUGCAUAUUAUCACUGCAGGAGAAAUACAUUUCCCGCAUGCAAUGAAUUCCUUUUUAAAAAACUUAUUGGUUUAGCUCUGUUUUUCAUGGGCAAAUUUGACACUAAGGAUGCUAGUUUACUCUCAACUUUGGCCUCAGAAUCUAGUCCUCAAAUGCAGAUCAAACCAUGGGCUCUUAACAAUGAACAGAUAAAUGCAAUAAAUAAUAAUAUGCGUAUAAAAAUUAUCACUGGAACAUAUGGUUCAGGAAAAUCUGUUGUUGGAAAAAAGAUAGUUGAAAGUCUUAUGAGUAAUAUGUCAGAAAAUCCCUUGACCUUAUAUUAUAUAUGUUGCAACUAUCUCUCCAUGUUUGAAUGCGAGAUGAAAGAUUUCGUUGACAAAAUUAAAAAAACUUCGAAUGUUACUGUUGUUUGCGAUAAUUUAUAUGAGUUAUGGAAAAAGAGGUGUAACGACAAAGAUAUUUCUGAAACAAAUAUUUCUCUGCCUGGAUUACUCAAGUAUUUAGCCAGCACCCAAAAUAAUAAAGUUCAUUUUAUACUUGAAGAACUUUCUGAUGAAUGUGUCAAUGAAGAAGAUGCAAAAGAUUUGAAGAAGUUGUUUUUUUCUGAGUUAAAAGAAUGUAAAGUUGUUAUGAUCAUAAAACCAUCUGGUAAAACAAAAUAUUUAAAGAAAUUGUUUUCUCAAAAUGUAGUUGGCAUGGAAACCAUAAGUCUAAAUAAUGUAAUUAGAGGAACAAAUUAUGUUAAAUUAUUUAUAGAUUCUGCACGAGAAAUCCUGAUUGAAUCCAAAACUUUUUUAUAUGUUCCUAACACAAUUUCAGAUACAAAAUCAGUAAAGCCUAGGGUGAUUUAUCUCCCUUUUCUUGAAUUGUUAAAAAUACAAUCGGCAAAAGUUUUAUCAUUUGUUUUAGAAAGGUUUUGUUUCGACUUAAUAAGAAAAUCUGUUAUAAUAUGCAGUAACAUGGAAGAAGUAAAAUCAGUUGCAUAUGCAAUAGAUGUUAUGGGAAACUUUAAAGCUGUACAUUACUCACCACAUUUGCAGAGAUACUCACCGCCGUUGGAAGAAAAAAUUAAAAUUGCAGAUAUGAUAAAAAAUAACUUUAAUAUUCUUGUAACUGAUAGCAAGGGAUUUACUGGAGCAGAAUCUGAAUCUGUAAUUGUGUUUUUAAGGCCAGAGGAGAGUGAUUUUCAUCCUUUUUUGGAUGCCUUGACAAGAUCCAAUUUUUCUCUAACAGUUGUGGUUUAUGGCUCUACUACAGUUAUUGAUGAUAAUACAUGGUUAGAGAACUUAGUUCAUAUAAUGAGAAUUAAAGUAAGCAAUAAUAAAGAUCAACUGUGGACCAAAUUAAACAGCUAUUUGUAUAUAAAUGAUCAGUGUAAAGAGUUUUUGGAUCGUGGAGCUGAAAUCGAUUUUAAUAUGUAUAAGAAGAAUAAAUGUUUUAGGAUAUCUACAGAAAAAAACUCAAUGUGAUCAAGAUUGUCUUGAUGAUCUUAAGACGACGUUCAAUCAAUCAAAGGAGU